CCGACGAACAAGCCGCCUCCUCGCGCGUCGCCUACACGGCCGCGCGCAUAAAGCGCCCGCACGCGCAUCGCUCUCUGAACUCUGAAGACGACUCGGCUGGUCGCCAACUUUUGCCUUUCUUCUCCAUCAUCGCCUCCACCCCCAUUCGCCCGUCCCCCCACUAGCCUUUUCCGGUCGUCGACCUGCUUCAUCAGAUGGGCCAUCUUUUCCUGCUCCUGCUAGCCCUCCUCCUCGCUGCUUCUGCGCACGCUUCCACCCAUGGCCAUGGCAAAGCUGCUUUCACUGAGGGUAAGAGCAUCGCGGGCAUCAUAGGCGUGAUCGGAUCAAGACCGCCGAGCUGCGCGGGGAGGUGCAGGUCCUGCGGCCACUGCGAGGCAGUGCAGGUGCCCAUAUCACCGCAGGAGCUGCAGAAGAGGAGGAAGAAGAAGCUCGGCCAUGGCAGCAGGGCUGCUGCUGCUGCUGGGAGGGCGAUGCCGGCCUCCUACGAUGACCACUCCAACUACAAGCCGCUGAGCUGGAGAUGCAAGUGUGGGCGGUUCAUUUUGGACCCCUGAAUCGUACUGCCCACAUUGUUACAAGCAAUCAGGCGAAUCUUGUUGAUAUGAUGUUAGUAAUAGUAUACCUCGGUCAAGAUCUAAUUGGGCCAAAAGGCCCAAUCAUAAUCCAAUUAUUAACUCCUGUUAGUUGUUUUUGAUCGGGAGGCAAACUCAGUCCAUUUAAGGAUCCGGCUCCAAAACUACAUCACUAUAUAACCAAGGAAUGUUUUUCCUAAGCGUGAUUACUCAUGAGAUUAGCCGUCAAGGUUAGCUUAUCUCUAAUCUAACCGAUCUCUAAGGUGCUAGAAGGCUUGGAAGCACGGUGCCCUCGAUCUGCAUCGACGUCAGAUCUACUUCUACAACUACGGAGGCAAUGAUGAAAUCGAAAGACUCUGCUGGUGACACUUCUCCACUCCGUCGCAUGGUCGAGGUGUUCUCAUGAUUAGCGGUGAUCACCAGAGAGCGAGUCGUCUUCAUGAUGCGCGUCUGGUUGCUCUUUUUGCUGUUCUUGGUUCAUGAUGCCACGGCCAGGCAAAUGCUGCAAUGAAGCAAAGUAUUUGCAGUAUGAGCUUGUUUUUUAUAUCAGUCAGUAGAUGUACAGUGCAGCGUAAGAUAGUGUAUGAUUGCACAUUGCAGUGUUAUCUAAGCUGGGUUUCAGUUUUGUUGUAACCUUCGUCAAUCUUUGACCGCACUUCUCACUACUAGCAGCGUAGCCACUCUUGCCGGCUGAUCUUCA